CCACACCCGCACAGCCUCUUGCUCUUCUUCCCCUUCCACUGCCCCCUCGCAAAAAUUCAAAAAAAAAAAAAAAAAAAAACUUGCGCUCUCACACCGAUCCGCUCCAACGAAGCCGCCGCCACCUCCCCAGCCGAACCCAUGGCUUCCUUCAAGGAGACUCACCGCGCCGAGCUCCGAGCCGCCGCCCGCCAGCUCGGCGAGCGCUGCCUCUACUCCGCCGCCAAAUGGGCGGCUGAGCUGCUCGUCGGCGUCGAGAAGGACGCUACCCCGGCCCCAUCGGCCGCGAUGGACUCCCCUUCCUCGUCGUCCGCGGCCUCUGGCGGGCGGCUGCUGCACCUGCACCGCAGCGGGGGGUCCAGCUUCCGCCACCGCCCUCGCCCCGGCGGCGGCAGCAGCUCCGAGGCUCGGACCCCGAUCGGCGGUGUGUCGUACGUUAGCACACCCAUCCCGGACGACGACGCGUUCGAUUCGGGGGGUGACAAGUACCUGCUCGCCAAGACCUACUUCGACUGCCGCGAGUACCGCCGCGCCGCGCACGUGCUGCAAAAUCAGGUCGGGCGCAAGGCCGUGUUCCUGCGACGCUACGCUCUCUAUAUGGCCGGAGAGAAGCGGAAAGAGGAGGAGAUGAUAGAGCUUGAAGGAUCUCUAGGCAAGAGUAAUGCUGUUAAUCAGGAACUAGUAGAAUUGGAGAAGGAGCUCUCAACACAUCGGAGAACUGGCUCUAUUGAUUCAUUUGGUCUCUACUUGUAUGGCAUCAUUCUACGUGAUAAAGGAUGUGAAGAUCUAGCUAGAGCGAUUUUGGUGGAAUCUGUCAACAGCUACCCUUGGAACUGGAGUGCUUGGUCAGAGUUACAAUCGUUAUGCACCGGCAGUGACAUUCUGAACAACUUAAAUCUCAAGAAUCACUGGAUGAAAGACUUCUUCCUCGCUAGUGCAUACCUGGAACUAAAGAUGCAUGAAGAAGCUCUGAAAAUAUAUGAGCGCUUAAUGGGGGUUUUCUGCUGCAGUGGCUACAUUCAGGCUCAAAUAGCAACAGUGCAGUAUAACAUGAGGGACCUAGAUGAAGCUGAGAUGAUUUUUGAAGAACUGCUCAGGAGUGAUCCUUUUCGUGUGGAUUCUAUGGAUAUUUACUCAAAUUUACUAUAUGCGAAAGAAAGCUUGACUGCUUUGAGUUUCCUCGCACACAGAGUAUUUUUGACAGAUAAAUACCGCCCAGAAUCUUGCUGCAUAAUUGCUAAUUACUACAGUCUGAAAGGGCAGCAUGAGAAAUCAGUUUUAUACUUUCAAAGGGCACUGAAGCUUAACCGAAAGUACCUCUCAGCUUGGACUCUUAUGGGACAUGAGUUUGUUGAACUGAAAAAUACUCCUGCCGCAAUUGAUGCCUACAGGAGAGCUGUUGAUAUUAAUCCUAGAGAUUACCGUGCUUGGUAUGGUCUUGGUCAGAUCUAUGAGAUGAUGGAAAUGCCUUUUUAUGCACUUUAUUACUUCCGAAAAUCAUCGCACUUGCAACCUAAUGACGCUCGUCUCUGGAUUGCCAUGGCUCAGUGCUACGAAAGUGAGCCACUACAAAUGAUUGAAGAAGCCAUUAAGUGCUAUGAGAGGGCUGCCAACAGCAAUGACACUGAAGGAAUAGCACUUCACCAACUAGCAAAGCUACAUGGCAUGCUGGGGAAAUCUGAGGAAGCUGCGUUUUACUAUAAGAAGGAUUUAGAGAGAAUGGAGGUUGAGGAAAGGCAAGGCAAGAGUUUUGUUGAGGCUCUGCUUUUCCUUGCUAAGCAUUGCAGGAGCAUAGGCAGGUUCGAGGAAGCAGAGCACUAUUGUACAAGGCUCUUGGAUUACACUGGCCCGGAAAAGGAGACUGCUAAAAAUAUAUUACAAGGGCUAAAAAGAGCACAGGCGGGGUUUCCAUCAAUGGAUAUUGAUCAUUUUGCAUUGUAAAGUUGACCUGCAGAUAAGUUAUUUGGUUGGGAAAUUUGGACGAGCAGUGUAAAUGUACAAGAGAGAAAGGUGGCUUGCUUUACUAUUUCUAUCUUGCAUGCAGCACGUAACAAUACAUCAAGAUAACAGUUGUGAGAGAAGAAGAAUUGGGAGCUGGUCAUUACUCACCCAACAUAAGACUAAGGGAAACAGCUCUAGUGAGGGUUGCCCACCUGAUGAAACUAGUGCCAUCGCAUAUCUCCAGCGGGGUUACUUCAAGCUUCACAGCGUGAUGCUCAUUGUCUGUAUCCUUGCUAUGCGACUCCAUACUGCUGGAGAUGAUGACCUCAUGCGCAUGAUGCUUGCUUCUAGUUGCUGGAGCUUGGCAACAAGGAGAACUAGGUGCCUGCAUGGUGCGAAGACGAGCGUCAUUGGAAUCAUCCAGAUCCCUAAUUUAAGUAUCAGCAUAGCUGCCUGGUUUUUGUGAGGCUUCUGGGUUUUCUUCACCAGGCAGCUCGUGUUUGUGUUCCCCCCAUGGUUGCUUGCAUAUAUAAGCUUCUUUGGAAGGCUUGUCUUAUCUGCAUGCUAAAUUAUUGCUUAUCAUCACAGUAGUCACUGUUUGGCAUUCUACAAAAUUAAUAAUUCCGAUUUUUUAUUUUAUUUGUAGACAGUAGGGGUAGGGCAACGAUGUACUUUGGAUUUCAGCAAGGGUAAUAUCGGUAACCCCACAUGAUGUAACUAAUGGAAUAAAUCGAUCUGUUUCGUGAUGAUGCGUGAUGCAAGUUGAUCUUCAGCCUAAAAGAUCAACAUGUAGAUGUGGGAUCUUUACUGUACUUUCCAUUGAACUUUUUUGAGAAGAUUGAUACUUCACCUAU